AUGGAAAAGGAGAUUCAUACGGGGAAAUCCUCCCCUAGUGUUGAUCCCGAGAUACUGUUUAAGAUUUUGGAAACUUGUAAUGCCCGCCCGUCAGUCUCGGGACAGGACUGGGCUAAAGGAAAUUGGUACAAUUUGCAGAGUGUGGCAGAUCGUAUCUCUGCAUUACAAAAGGAGGCCAAGUGGCGAUUCAGGAAAGGGAAAGGCAUAGUAUGUGCUGUGCUUGGAGCCUGCCUGGCGGCGGCGUCACAGCAUCCAGCUGACUGCCAGACCCAGAAAGGAAAAGUUAUCGAGUCUUUGCAAACAUUAGUCGGGUCGUUACAGGACCAAAUUGCUGGCCUUGAAAGAGAGAAUGUUGAGCUUCAGGAAGAAAGACACACAGCAGAUAUCUUGCACUUAUCUCUUGGAUUGUUCGAGACAAACACUGUAAAUUCUGAAUGCCACAAUCCGCAACAGGAGCUGCGGGAAGCUAAAGCCCGACCAGAUAAAACUCCACAGUUAUGCCCCCUGAUUAAAAGGGAAUACUAUUAUGAGGACCUGGAUGACCAACAGCCUUCCUCGGUAACUAAGGAGGUCCCCUAUUCAGCCACUGAGUUGGCAAAGCUAAAGAAAGAAUUUGGAUGUAACCCCAAAGGGUCAGAAACGGAGUAUGUGUGGCGAGUCUCUUUGUCCGGGGGUGACCAAAUUUUAUUAACUGAGAAAGAGGCCAAAGGAUACUGGGGACCCGGUGUGUUUUUAACUACUGGUGACCAGAGGGCCCCGUGGUCACUCACACAACGCGCCGCUUAUUGGUCUGGUGGAUUAGACCCCCUAGAGAGGGGGGACCCUUUGGCUAUUGUUGGAACCAUGGAACAAAUAUUAGAGAGCGUACAAAAAGCAGCCUGUUUGCAGAUGAUGCACAACCGGCAGCUGACUCCUUGUCAUGAGUCCCCAGUAUUAUUAUCAGUGGAUCCAGAAAGAAUGACCCCAUUAAUUCGUAGCCUCUCUGAAUCCCUUAGAUCUGUUGGGAUUCAACUGCAGGGACAAAUUAAAGCUGCCAGCCCACUUGAGCAACUGGAAGAGAUCUUAACUCCAGAUCGUAACACUCGAAAGUCAAAAACAUGGACCUGGGGGGAGAUUGCACAGGAGUUGAUUAAUUAUGGCCGGAAAUAUGGGCCAGCUAAUCCCACUCCUCAUCAAUCAGAAACUAAAGCAGUCUGA